UGAUGAAUUUUUCCAAUACUUGUGAACAAACUGUUGUGGAAGGUUUCCUUAUUGAAGCGUUUUCUUCUCUGGAAGAGGCUCAAAGUUAUCAUCAACUUGCACAACAAAGACAAGGGAUAGAAAAAGUUGAAACGAGUCUGAAAAGUCAAGAUGAUAGUAUUCAAAACAACACACGUGAAGCAACGAAUAAAAAGUGGCCAAGUUUAUCUGAUAAUGGACACAUGGGAAUGCCAGAGGCGCUGGUCAAAUAUCACAACUGGCAUAUGAAUAACGGAGACACUAGGCGACCAAUUGAUAUUUCUUCUCCCAAGGAUGUUUUGAAUAAUAAUAUUUUCGAUUGGAGAGAGACAAGUAACAAAAAUGGAAAGCAAGCUGCUUGGACUGAAGUUGGAACAAUACGAGUCGGUGAAAGGAAUCAAGUACAUUCAUUUAUUGUGGACAAUCGAAAGAUGUUGGCAUCUUAUUCGAGUGAAAAUAACACGAACAACAAAGAGCAUUUUGCUAAUAGAAUGGGCCAAAGAAAUGCUAAUAAGGAAAGGCCUCCAAAGGAGAAAACUAUGAGUCCUAUUAUCGCAUAUCCUUAUACCACGUCGACUUUGAGUGGAAAACUGAUACAAACAGCUCCUUCUCAAAUGGAUUCUUCCCAUACCAUUUGUUCAUCUGAUGUAGAUAUUCAGGAUGAUUGGUUCAAAGCUCGUAAUCAACCCAACAGUUCAUAUGGUAGAGGAUCACCGCUUUCACAUUCAUUGUCAGCGGUAUCCUUUGCUUCGAAUCUUUCAUAUCGUCAUCAUAAGUGGAACAGUUUUUCCAAAGCGGAACAAACAUCUUCUGGUAUAUCUUCCAAACCAGAAGUUACUGUUUUUCAAAGAUGUGAGAAUUGUGGACGUGAACAUUAUGGCGGAUUUGCGUCUGGGAGAUUUUGUUCCUCUAAAUGUGCACGUACGGUAGGUGGAAAUGCUCGGAAGAGACAAAGGUUGGAAGCUCAAGGAAUACGAUUCGAUGAUAAUGGAAAUCCUUUAGAUCCCAUACCCAAGCGAUUGCGGUAUACUCCCAAACAUAAUGUUCAUAGAGAAGGAGACAAACCAGGAAAGGGUUAUCGAUUAUGUAUACAUUGCCAGCAACCGACACCAAACAGAAAAGUGAAAUGUCAAUAUUGUGGAGAAGAAAAUCCCAACGCGGUCCGUGCGAGAAGACUAGUUGAGAACCCAAAAAAGGUUCAAAUGACAGCACAUUCAGAUACUCCACAAACAACAUCUUUUACUUCGCCAUCUGCUACGUGGACAUCUACAUCGAAAAGUGAUGAAAAGACCAAGGCAGAGUGUCAACAAGAAACAAUGCAUUCGGAAACCGAAGAGGAAGAUGAUGAAUACUUGGUCAAGGAUGAUAGCCAAGAUAAUACACAACAUAAGAAGCAACUUCAGUAUAUACUCAAUCCUUGUUAAUAAGAUUGUGGUUGCUUGAAUUACUACGAUUCCUUAUUAUUAUUGAUGACGAUUUUUCAUUUUUG